AUGGCUUUGAAGAAGUUUGGUUCCAUUUGCGAUAAACUAAGUCAGUUUGAAGUCGACACCCACGUCACGUCACUGUCCGAGGUCAGCGUAUUUACGCUCCAAGUCCGUCGUGAUCGAGUUCAAGCGUUGUGGGAGAAGGUCGAGCAGGAAUAUGAGAAAUGCGAGGCACUCAUAGAUGGUAAAGACGAUAACUCUGAAGAUUUAGCCAUCCAAGCUAAAUAUGACAAAUGCUAUCAAGUUUACGAGCGAUGCACGGCUCGAUUAAACGAGCUUAUCCAUGAAAGGGCCGAAGUGACAGGCAUUAACGGAAAGGUCAAUAGAACCUUGAAGGUCUGUCACAUAAGCAUUCGGUCAUCGCAUGGACCUCCAGUCCAGAUCGAGAUAGAAGCGUUUGUCUUGUCCCAAGUUGCUGAUGAUUUGCCGUCAUGUACGAUAGCCCAAGCCACACUGGAAGGAAUGCCCAAUAUUCCUCUAGCCGACCCCUCCUUCAGAUUAAAGGCAAAGAUCGAUCUACUCCUUGGCAUUGAUGUAAUACCAGCGGUGACUCUUUCCGGCAUCCAGACCGAAGUGUGCGGAUCUUUAAUGGCUCAAGAGACAAGAUUCGGUUGGGUCAUUUCAGGCCCGUUGCAAGGGGUCCCCGUCAGUUCAUGUGCCGCGUUCACCACGAGGGUCGCAGUUAGCAGAGAGGAGGGACUUGAAACUCUUCUCACAAGGUUUUGGGAGGUGGAGGAUCUACCGGGCAAACCGGUAGAAGAUUCUGACUCUGUUUGCGAGGUCAAUUUCCAGAAGACCACAAGAAGAGAUGUUUCGGGGAGAUAUACGGUCUCACUUCCGUUUCGAGAUCCAACCAACAUCAACCUUGGUCAUUCCAGACCAGGGGCAUUGGCUCAGUUCCUAAAAAACGAAAGCCGACUCCUUAAAAAUAUUCCGGCAAAAACUGAGUAUGACGCCGUCAUCCAAGAAUAUUUGGACUUGGGCCACAUGCGUCAGGUUCCAUUUGACGGCACUAAUAACAAUUUUUAUUUGCCACACCAUGCGGUUUUCAAGCCCGACAGCACCACAACAAAGGUACGGGUAGUUUUUAACGCCUCUAGCAAGUCCACCAACGGAGUAAGUCUCAACGACAUACUUUACCCUGGUCCGGUACUUCAGUCCGAUUCACUACUCAGAUUCUCAAGUGGCGUUUUUUCCGAGUAG